CGUACACCAUUCUGUCAUGUGUUCACAUGGUUAACAUCGAGCUAAUGUCUUUGUGAUUUUAAAUGGCGCUCUGGUGGAUGUACUAGAUUGAAGUUGGUCGAACUUAGAUGUUAUCCUGAAGCCUAGGUUCAGUUUGUGUAUUUUUUCAAAUUUUCCAAAAGCCGAACAAAGAUGUUGGACAGCCUCAUUGUUGAUAUCCAUUUGGAACAAUCAGAGGAUGUAAGAGGUAAAAUUGGCAAAGAGCCCUUUGAGAAGCAGUAUCAGCUUGGUUCGCUUUUGGGAAGCGGUGGUUUUGGGUCCGUCUUUGCUGGCCAACGCAUUUCAGACGGCUUGCAGGUUGCGAUCAAACAGAUAUCCUCUGAUAGGGUGCAGCAGUGGGCGAGACUGCCUGAUGAACCAAACCGUGUCCCCAUGGAGAUUGCUCUGCUUCUGCGUCUGGGGGGUGGGCCAAGCUCAGCCAAAACUCAUAGUGGGGUCAUUCAGAUGUUGGAUUGGUUUGAGCUGCCAGGACGUGGGUUUCUUAUCAUCUUUGAGAGGCCACAGCCCUGCCAGGACCUCUUCGACUUCAUCACAGAGAGAGGAAGUCUGGAAGAGAACAUUGCCCAAAGGUUUCUGAGGCAGAUAGUUCAAGCACUGCAGUUCUGUGACUCCCGGGGGAUUGUACACAGGGACAUAAAAGAUGAAAAUGUUCUUGUGGACACCCGCACUGGAAACGUCAAGAUCAUUGACUUUGGAUCUGGUGCUCUCUACAAAGACAGUGAUUACUCAGAUUUUGAAGGUACAAGAGUCUACAGCCCUCCUGAGUGGAUACUUCACCAAAACUACCAUGCCGUGCCUCUCACCGUGUGGUCACUUGGAGUACUCCUCUUUGACAUGGUCUGUGGCGACAUCCCUUUUGAAAGCGACAGAGACAUUGUGCAGGCCAAGCCCAGUUUCACCAAACGCAUCUCCAAAGAGUGCCAGUCAUUGAUUCUGUGGUGCCUAGCGUAUAGGCCAGAGGACCGGCCAAGUUUGGAGGAGAUCUUGCUACAUCCUUGGAUGGAGACCUGUGAUGAUAUUGGAGACGUGUCAGUGGAGAAGAAUAUCACACAAAGCCUCUAAUUUCUGGAUAACUUUGGGCAGUUAGAGAAAUUUCACAUGGCCAGCUUGUGUUUUUCUCAUGGAGUGUGGACUGUGCAGUAGGAUCAUUCUAUUUGACACAGUCGUCAGCUAGUCCAAGCUGUUUAUGCCUUGAUUGAAUGACCAAUGAUUGGGCCUAGCACAAUGUGGAGGGUGAACCUAGGUGUUAAAUUAUUCUGGGGAAUUCUUGAAAUCAGAAGAUUCUUUAUUUAUUAGGGAGUUUUAUUUUAUUUUGUUAUUUAUUUAUUUUCAGAGUGUUUACAUUUAGGUUACAUUAUUGAAGAUCCAUGGCAUGGACUCUGUUCAUGGAAAUUCGGAUUCUUCCUGUUGAAUUUCAAGUUCAGGCCAAGAAUGUUGCCAUUCAUUUGCCUUCAGACCAAAAGUGAUACUUUGUUAAGACCUGGUUUUACAGGUCGUUGUAUCUAUAGAAUUUUCACCUUGUUUUAAGAGGUAACAAAGACCAAGGAUCCUGUUUCAUUCUCCCACCUCCCUUAACAAUAAUACAGGGCACUACUGAUCCACCUUAAAAAAAACCUGCUGUAUGUUAGAGCUUGGGAGUGGCAUCACUGGACUUAAAAAGAGAUUCCUGUUGCUCCUGAAAAUCUUAUAGGUUGUUUCUUGUUAAAACUUCAAUGUUAGUUUUGGUAUGUCCCUGUAACAUCACUAGCAAUGACCCAGAGUUGUUUUAAAUGAUCUUUCCAAAAUUCAGAUUUUCAGUACAACAUAGGGACCCAUAAACACUCAGGAAGAAGAAAGAGCCCUUGCUCAACCCAGAACUAAGAAUGGUCCAAAUGGCCAACAGGGUUUAUUACUACUUAUCUGGGUAUAGCGUUGGAUCUGAUUUAGAGUUUAAAUGUAUUUGAUCUGAUGUGUGUCUGGGGUGGAUAAGUUACAGGUUUAUUCGGUCAAUGUUUGGCCAAGUUUAUAAUGAGAUCUAUGUUGUGUUCAUUGGACAACACCAUAAUAUUUAAUAUUUCUUUAUUUUGAAUUACAAUCGGUUGUAGUUUUUCAAACUCCUUUAAUUUAUGUUUCAUUUGUCUGUUAGAAGUGUCUGUGUUAGCCCCGAUACUUUGAGAAGUUGGAGGGAAUUGAACAAAACCAAUGUCACCCUUAUUUUGAAAGUUAUUUUUUUUAAAUCUGGGCUAUUUAGCCUGGGUUGCAAUAACUUUUCAUUAAUACUGUGUAUUGUUUACUGUAAAUAAUCAAUUGUCAAGGUAAUGUUAUUUAUUUUAAAUAAGAUUUUUACCUGAAUGUUUUUUUCUGUAAGUACAGAGUUUGUAAAUAAAGCAAUAUUUGUUAUUGUUAAA